GGUGGGAAGCCUGUCAGAAUUCAAUUCGUCGGCGAGUCCUUGUGCCCAGAUUGUGCAGCAUAUACAACCAAGGUCUUGGAACCCAUCUUCUCAUCAGGGCUCAAAGACCUCAUCGAGCUCGAUUACGUGGGAUGGGGCAAUGCCAAGAACACUAGCGGCGAGGUGGAGUGUCAGCAUGGGCCUAGGGAGUGCGAUUUGAACAUUGCAUUGAACUGCGCACAGCAGCUCAGCAAGUCACAGGAAGACUUCUUUGACUUUUUGUACUGCCUGGAGAGGGAAGCUUUCAGCUCCACGGGAACAGAAGUGCUGCAGACCUGCUCAAAUAGUGGAAGGUUGUCCGAGAAGGCUCUGCGCGAGUGCAGCACUGGCAAGCUAGGUGCGGAGCUUGAGAGGGCAGCAGCAGCUGCCACCCCUCUGCACCAGUACGUGCCUUGGAUACUGGUGGAUGAUGUGCCGCUCGGGGCUGACUGUGGUAACUUGGCAACCUACAUCUGCGCUGCGUACACUGGCAAGAAACCGGAAGCAUGU